AUGGACUUCCCCUCAAACACAUCAGAAUUGAACGAGUACGCAGUCCUCCAAGCGUACCUCGACGACAAAUCCUCGCUCGAAGAGACCGUCAAGAACUUCACAUCCAAUUCAGACUCAUCAUCCGCGGAGGACAAACUCCUGCGCUCAUGGGACGCGCUAGGUCUUACUGCUUCGAAAAGCCCCUCAGAUUCGUCAGCCCAAGAGAAACUCGUCUCCUUCCUCACCGCUCUUCGCGACUGCGACACCAAAGUUGGUGAUGUAGAGGGCAAGUCGGUCUCCUGGUCUUCGUUCCCACUCUUCGGUCGUCAGAUUCGCGAACACUGGAACUAUGAUGAAAGAGCUGCACAAGAAGACGACGAGGUUGCUCAUAUGUGGGCAAAUGCGAACGCUUUCGCAGCACGCGUCACGGCCACCGCGUCUGCAUUCGACAGCUCCGAUCCGCGCGAUUUUUCAUUAUACGCAAUCUGGGCAUUGAGGGCGGCGCUAGAAGACAAAGACGACGUGCCCGAUGCCACAGUACGGGCAGCCGCAAUGUGGAUAUUGUAUGCCGGCGAAGUGUUGAGGAAACAGAGUAAAGACAAGAGAAGCUAUGAGGGCAAAGUCGCUCAAGCAGGAAAUAAGUACCCGAACAAGGAGUGGAACGGGUUCGAGAUGGACAGAUGGAGGAGCUGGAACAAUCGCUUUGCAAACAUCAGCGAGGUCUUGCCGUAUCCCGAGAUCAAAGAUAUUGCAAAGAAGACGAAGAGGCACAUGGGUGAUCUGGCGAACUGCUGA